AUGGCCUCCUCCGCCGGAGGCCUGACACGGCGCCGAGGCGCGGGCGGCGCAAGCUCCAGCGCAGCAGCAGAGAACGGCGAAGACAGCAACUCCCGUGUGGCCUCGCCCGCACCCAAACCGACCUCCUCUUCCGGCCCCGAAACCUCCUACGAAGCCGGCGAGAAUGGCCACAAGAUCGCGUUCGACCCCAGGGAUAUUUCAGAAAGCGCCGAGCGGCUCAAGCAGCCCAAGCUCACGCUCAUGGAGGAGGUGCUGCUCAUGGGGCUUAAGGACAAGCAGGGAUACCUAAGUUUCUGGAACGAUAACAUCAGUUAUGCGCUGCGAGGGUGUAUCGUUAUUGAGUUGGCGUUCCGAGGUAGGAUCAGUAUGCAAAGAGAUAGCUCGAGGCGGAGGUUCCCACUCGCGGAUCGCUUGAUUGAGGUUGUGGACGAUACUUUGACGGGCGAAGUGCUACUGGAUGAAGCGUUGAAGAUGAUGAAGAGCAGUGAGAAGAUGAGCGUCAGCUCCUGGAUCGAUCUGAUGUCAGGUGGGUAAAGAACAGAAGGCAGGAAGCUGGUGUCCGUGAGCAGAGAGACUGACAUUUUGAACAGGAGAGACUUGGAACCUCAUGAAGAUCGGCUAUCAGCUGAAGCAAGUGCGUGAACGGCUAGCGAAAGGCCUCGUCGACAAGGGAAUCCUCAGAACAGAAAAGCGCAACUUCCUCCUAUUCGAUAUGGCGACACAUCCAGUCGCGGACGGCGGCGCAAAAGACGAGAUUCGCAAGCGUGUACGAGCGGUACUCACAAACAGGACCGUCGUCCUCCCGCCUUCGCAAUUCUUACCUGAAGAGAUGGAGUUCCGAUACUUGAGGACGAUUGCCAUGCUCUGCGCUGCAUAUGCCGCGAACGUCCUCGAGAAUGCAUUGACAACCCUGGGACACGAAGCUCGUGAGCGUGCCUUUGCACAGGUCGAUGAGCUGCUCGCCGAGUACUCACAGUGGCCCUUCGGUCGUAGGACGGGUGGUGCAGCAGCCAUUGGGGCCAACUUGGAUCAGGUCAUCCGGGAUGAGGUGAACGCAGCUAAGGAUAGGGAACUGCAACUAGAGGUAAGUCCUCCAACAACAAGAUCUGGCAGCAGGAUGCUGACGAUUUCUAUAGGUCGUUGCCGCCUGUCUUAGCGUCUUCACCCGCCUCGACUCAUUGCUAUAA